UCCGUCAGAGCGCGUUGGUUUCCUCCUCAGCAGCCGAGCUGCAGCCCGCUGCUGCUGCUGUAGUGACGGUUGUCUCCUGCCAGUCCGGCCCAUCAAAUAAUGAUAUCCAUGCUCUGCGCGGCUCUAAUUGUUCCAUCGACGGGUAUAUCUGACACCUCGUACUGACUCUGCCCCGCACAGUCUCCUGGUUGCAAUGGCCACGGUAGUGAUGGAGCAGAUUGGCCGGCUUUUUAUCAAUGCCCAGCAGCUCCGGCAGAUCCCUCAGCUGCUCGAAUCGGCCUUUCCGACGCUGCCUUGCACUGUGAAGAUUUCUGAUGUCCCAAGGGUGUUCCGCGAGCGCCACAUCCUCACAGGCUACAGGCAGACGGACCAAAGCUGGCGCUACUACUUUCUCACCCUCUUCCAGAGGCAUAAUGAGACCCUCAAUGUGUGGACCCACCUGCUGGCAGCCCUCAUCAUCCUUGUGAAGUGCCAGGAGAUCUCAGAAACGGUGGAUUUUCUGCGUGAUCCUCAUGCCCAGCCCCUCUUCAUUGUCCUGCUGGCAGCCUUCACCUACCUCUCCUUUAGUGCUCUUGCCCACCUCCUCUCUGCCAAAUCAGAGCUCUCAUACUACACCUUCUACUUCCUCGACUAUGUCGGGGUGUCCGUCUACCAAUACGGGAGUGCUCUGGCGCACUACUACUAUGCUAUAGAGAAAGAGUGGCACAGUUCAGUGCAGGGCUUCUUUCUGCACACUGCUGCUUUUUUGGCUUGGCUCACUUGCUUCGGGUGCUGCUAUGGCAAAUACGCAAGGCACGACCUGCCCAAGUUUGCCCACAAGCUGCUCCAAGUGGUGCCGUCGGCGUUGGCUUACUGCUUAGACAUCAGCCCCGUGGUCCACCGCAUCUACAGCUGUUACUGGGGAGGCUGCUCCGACCCAAUAGUGUGGUACCACGUCUACCACGUGAUCUUCUUCUUAAUCAGCGCCUACUUUUUUUGCUGCCCACACCCAGAGAGUCUGCUCCCUGGGAAGUGUGACUUCUUUGGGCAGGGCCACCAGAUCUUCCACGUGCUGGUGGUGGUGUGCACCCUGACGCAGAUUGAAGCACUGCGAACUGACUUCACAGAGCGCCGCCCGCUCUAUGAGCGUCUCCACGGAGACCUCGCCCACGACGCCGUGGCGCUCUUCAUCUUCACCACCUGCUGCUGUGCUCUCACCGCGUUUUACGUGCGUAACCGUGUGCGUGCCUCCCUCUAUGAGAAGAAGGAGUGAGGAUGGAGUUCGUCCAAAAGCAAGGAGGGUUAAUUUAUUUUACUCUGUAGUGACGGUUUUAAAAUAAUUAACAUGUUUUUGUCUAUGAGAAAUAUUGGUUUGUGACAGUGACUUUUGCUUAUUUCUUCUGCCAAACUACAGUAAAGUAACGUGACUGAGGAUGUGACAUGCAGUGAGGAAGCUGGGACUGUGUUGGUAGCCAUGCAAAUUCUACUCAGCUGUUUUACAUUAACAUGUGAAAACUGUUAUUUUAUACAGGUGAGUAGAUACAUUGAAGAGUGUUUUAAAAUGCCCUUUGAACUGUGUUCUGUAUAAGCUACCUGCCUUAAUCAGACUGUAGCAUUUUUAAGUUAUGCAAACAGUUCAAUCAAAAUUCAUAGGCUGGAAUCUAAUAGUUUCUAGCCAAUAUCCCUUUUCCUGCAGAUUUUACUCAGCCUUUUAUUAUAAAAGCAGGUAUAUUUGUCAUUAAUGGAUAGUCUUGACUUUUUGAAGUGAGGUUAUAUAAAGUUAUAAGUAAUAAUUUCCUUGCCUGAUUGACCAUGAGUUUGUAGAAAGAAAUAAUGAACCUUCAUUGCAGUGGUAGGGUAACAGCUGGUCUGGUAGAAGGCCAUGCAAUGAAACAGGUUUAGAAAUCUAAACCUCUUAGUAAUACUACUGCCAGAGUAAAAAUGUGGAGAAAAAAAUAUCCCUGGACACAUGUGGAUUAAGAGAUUUAGUGGAUGAUGUAGAGAAUUCAAGCUAAUUUUUGAAACCGAAUCUCAAAAAUGGAUCAAUCCUCUUUAAGUCAAAUAUAAUAUUCUUGAUAUACAUAUAUGCUGACCUUCUAUCUUAGUCUGAGCUGAGCAGUGAUUUACUUUUCAUACUGGUCAUCAACUAGUCAGAAGCAGAUCUAGGGUGACUUCAUAGUAGGGCUGCAAAAUAUCAGAAAAACAUGCUGAAGUUCCCAAAUACGGCAUGAAUGAUUAAUCCACAUGUUUCUGGAUUUCUUUAUAAAUGUUCUUAUUCAGCAUCUUCAGCAGCUGAAGGUAUAAAUCAAGUAAGGGGACAGAGAAUGAAGGUUACAGAAACUAUUAUCUAAAAUAACUUCAUAGAACCUCUGUUAAAAAAAAUGAAAACUAUCUGUAUAGUUUUUUCAGGCAAUGCUUGACAAAAAUCUUUAGCAUAAUUUAGGACAUUUUAAUAAGCUAUUUGAAAGCCACUUCUUGAAUUUAAAUAAGCCAAAAUAUUUAUUUGGUGACCUUCUUUGAAAAUGAGACUGGUACUCUGUAUUGGUUCAGUGAUGGAUCACUGGAGUCUUUUUCGUUGUGUAACAAAUAUAAUUUAUGUUGUUUUUUGAUCUAAGGGCUGAAGUGUCAGCUUUCGCCUCACAUCCCAUGAUGUCAGUGCUUUGCGUGCAUGUUUUUAAUUAGUGACGGUGAUGAGAGUUGAGCCACAAAUGCCAAGUCUGAGUUGGAAUGUUGAGGUUUUAGAUUGGGUUUUUUUGCUUUCUCUUUUGUUUCUGUCCUUUUUUAUGUGCCUCUACGCAUGUCCUUUGGUACAUACUGUGGAUGUUAAGUGUGUGAAUGUCAAUGAAAGCUUAGCCUUGCACUUUUUUUCUUACCUUGUAAAUAAGUUGUACUUCUCUCUAGAGAGCAUUGUCUCAUUUUUACUACAUCUCUCACACAAUUCAGAGCAGGUUUUGUUUUCUAAUGGAAUAUAUCGCAUUCAUAUUUUUGUCAGACUUUAUUGGUACUAAUACAUUGUUUCAUAAUGCCGUUUUGUUACUUUGAAGAAGACAUUUAAUGUCUUCAGAGUCCUUGGUUGACUUUUGUCAUGAGACUUUCUCACAUGGCUUUACAACAAAUGUCACUUGGAUUUUUGUCAUAAAAUCUCAAAUGUCAGAGAUGAUCAAUAUUCAUUACCUCGCUCUCUGUUCACAACCGUGUUUAAUGUGCCAAUCAAUAUGUUAUUACUUCAGUGAUGACGGUACUAGUGAGAAAUGACUAAUCUGAAUUUUUGUCUCGGCCUACGAUGCUGUUAUUGGUGAAGUUUAAGCAUCACAGUCCACAACUGUGAAACUCGGAACGUUAAUUAUGGCAUUUUCUAACUUGGUCUCGUUAUGCACUGCCUGAAUCAACAUUGUACAUAACUGUAACUGACAGUGCUGGCUAUGUUUACAUGCAUGAAAACUGUAUUUCUUCUGGUUUUGCGUGGCUUCUCUGAAAUGAUGUGAUGCAAAAAAAAAAAACAAAAACAAAAAAAAAACAACUUGAGGAGAAAGACUGGAUUCCAGUUCGGUUGCAGUGAAAAGGUGAACUAGUGAACAGCGGGAUUCAGGCUGUCUUCACGCAGUCUAAUGCUUUACUGAAAGAUGUCUUUAUAGGCAAAUGAUUUCCUGUUGGUAAAUGAUGUCUGUAAACAUCUCACCAGCCCUACUUGUAUAGUAGCAUAAGGACCAAAGCAGCGUCUAGGCAUUUAACUUUAUGUCCUCUGUGAAUUAUUAAAAAGGAGAGGGAACAGCUGUAGAGCUCAUAGCAGCAUGGGUAAUCUCAUAGAUUAUCCUAGUUGUAUGGUGACAAACUGUUAUGAAUAUGGCCAGUAUUCUCUGUUCAUGUGUAUGUAAACAUAGCCUCAGAUGACACUUAAAGUUUCUCUUUAUUCUUUUCAAAAAAGCAGGGUCAGAGGGAUCAGAAUGGUUUCUGUCUCUAACAAUAUCUGUAACUGUACUAAUAUGAUGUGCUAUUUAAAAAAAAAUAAAGUGUUACUGUAA